GAUACAUUUUGCUAGCAUAAGCGACCAAAACAUCAACAGGUUGCGAGAGGGAGAAGAAAGUAGAGAGAAAUUUCCUUUUUUUUCGUUUAUUUUAGCAAGAAUUUACCUUCUCCUCCCAGCCAUUGACAGCCACGUGAUCCCCCAAGGUCAAGGAAAGGGACUUGCCCUUCAUCUCCUCUAGGAAAUUAAGACAAAAUGGACUUUGUGCAGCCAGCUGAGACAGAGAUUGAGACAGAUGAACGACCCGUGAUAUAUGUAACUGGCUUUGAACCCUUUCCACCCCAUGCCAUAAACGCCAGCCAGCGUGCAGUGGAGAGGCUACCUGAAACAGGAUUAGGGGAGGAGCUUGGGGUGAAGCUUGUGGUUGAGGUCAUGAAGGUAGAAUAUGACUAUGUGAGCAAGGUCAUCCCCAAGAGGUGGAAGGAGCUAACACCAAAGCUGGUGGUUCAUGUGGGAGUGUCAAGCCAGGUGUGCACACUCACCUUGGAACAGGUAUCUCACAACUGUGGUUACAAUAAGAAGGAUAACUGCAAUUCGGUACCACACCGGGAGGUGUGUGUCCAGGGAGGAGAAGAGAUGUUGCAGUCAGAGAUCCGCAUGGACCUUGUCACCUGCGCCAUCAACAAAGACACUAAACUGAAGCUGUCCAGUGCAAAGUCCACCGAUGCAGGAAGGUAUCUAUGCGACUUCAUCUACUACACCUCCUUGAAGCAAGACAAAUCUCGAGUGGCUUUCAUCCAUGUGCCAGUCCUAGAGAAGUCUUCUGAGGAGGACACAGCGGCUGCUAUUGCUGCAGCUAUCAAGUGCAUGUAUCGACAGGUGGCUGAGAGGGACAGCAAGGUGGUAGAGGGGGAUUGUGUGGUCAAUGGAGCACAGGGUUGAAACACGGAAAUAUGUUGGGAUUGGUUGGGAGUAGACUGGGAUGAGAGAAAAAGAAAUUACUCACUCACUCACUUGCUCUCUCUGUCUCUGUCUCUCUCUGUCUCUCUCUGUCUCUCUCUGUCUCUCUCUCUCUCUCUCUCUCUCUCUCUCUCU